UUUGCCCCUCCCUGGCAUGGUGAUUCUGUCGGAGAGUGCGACCUGACCACACGAGCAGCAGAGGCAGCUGAAGGGGCUCAGCAAGGGCCUCCUUGCCCCUUCUAGGAAUGGGGCAUUUCCUGAUAGGGCCAUUAUUCAUAAAUGGAGGUUUGGAAAGUGGGGGUAGGGGCGCCCACGACACAGCUGGGGGGAGAGCACAGUGGCUGAUGAAUACAAAGCAUUCUUUGAGACAUGCAUAUCCUCAAAGGCUAGAGCCGGACUCCAGCCUGUGAGCCCCAGGCAGCUGAAAUGAAGACACAGGCAGCAGCCUGUGCGCUGGUCCAUGUGGCUGGCCAGGAGGACCGAGACUAUGCCAGGCCCCGGGUUAGUCUGCUUCGGUUCUCAUCCACAAGGCAUGGAGGCCCUAGGUCCUGGGAGCCACAGCGCCUCCCCAGCCUCAUCCACUCGCAGCCUGGACCUGCGGCGUCUGUCCAACCGCGCCGACUCGGCCUACAGCUCCUUCUCCGCGGCCUCAGGCGGUCCCGAGCCGCGCACGUUGUCUCCUGAGACCGUCCUCCUUCCUUACCUAGACUGGGACUAUGUGCGCGUGGUGUGGGGUGGCCCCGCGCCCGCCGCGCCCACCGCGCCCGCCGCGCCCGCCGCGCCCGCCGCGCCCGCCGCGGCCCUGCGCACAUCCCCACAGCCCCGGCCUGCGGCCGCUGCAUGCACUGAACCGCGUCUCCCACAGGUUCAGGGGACCCCGGGGCCGCUCAGCAGGCAGGCCACCCCGCUGCUGUACGCGCUGGCAGCCGAGGCGGAGGCCGCGGCGAGGGCCGCUGAGCCGCCCAGCCCGCCGGCCUCGAGGGCUGCCUACCGCCAGCGGCUGCAGGGCGCGCAGAGGCGAGUGCUGCGGGAGACGUCCUUCCAGCGCAAGGAGCUCCGCAUGAGCCUGCCCGCCCGCCUGCGGCCGGGGGCGACCGCGAGGCCCCCCAUAGCGCAUCCGCGCUCCGCCUCACUCAGCCACCCGGGCUGCGAAGUGGAGCCCGCGCACCCUGGGGCUCCAGCUCCAGGGACCAGCGACCAGGGCCACCUCGCCAACCAGCAGCGAAAAUGGUGCUUCUCCGAGCCAGGGAAGUUGGAUCGCGUGGGGCGGGCCAGUGGGUUGUCAGGGGAACGCUCGGCUGAGUUGUGCUCCAGCCCUGGCCUCCCUAGGCUUGAGCCCCAGGAGUUGCAGCACCGGACCCUGGCAGAGAUCAGACGGCUGCCUGAGAGCCAGCCCCGUGGCACGGAGGACCCAGAACCCGGGUCCUUGAAGCUCGGUGUUACCUACAGGCCUACCACUCGGAGUAGGAGCGCUUCAGGGGAAAUCUUGGGUUUCUGGGGAGAUCGAGGAGGGGCCAUGCCCAUAUCCCAGGCUGUUCCCCAAGGAGCAGAAUCCUCGAGACCAUUGUUUCAGACCAGACUAUCUAGGUUUCCCACUCAGAAGGAGGUUGCAGUGGUGUGUCCUGCAAAGGGCCCCCACAACAGCUCCACUGACUAUGAGAAGAGGGUCUCAGAGACUUGUGUUGUGUCUGCCCGGCUCCCCUCUCUUCCUGAUGAUGAUGUUUUCCUGGAAGAAGCCCCGCUGGUCAGAGUGAGAUCAUCUGCAGACUCCCAUGUCCCCCUGGGGCUCCCAACCAGUGUCCAUGCCUCUCCCCAGGAGUAUGGAGCAGGCUUGGGUCAAAGGGCUGACCAGGCUACAACCCCCCUAGAGAACUCCUUCCAUAAAUGCCCAGAGACUUCAGGGGCAGGUGACGGCUGGCAAGAGUUAACUGGUUCUGUGGAUGUCUCCAAACCAACAUGCUAUAGCCCCUCUGGGACUGCAAAUGGUGACCUCCCAACCAUUGACUCCAGUGGACUACUGACUACUGAGCCCCCUGCAGCUUCAGGGAGUGAACCCCCCAAAUUUCUCCCAGUGGAUACCCUGGGACCUCCAGGCUGUGAUACAACAGGACCACCUGACCACACUGCCCUGGCCUGGGGCAUUGACCAGCUUGGUUCCAGGCCAAGUUGGCCCAGUUCCCGCCUAGAAGAGUUGGUUCAGGAGCUGGCCAGACUGGACCCCUCUCUGAGUGACACUCUAACCUCCUACCCCAGCCCAGAGCCACCUGUGGCCCUGCUAGAUGGGCUGAUUCCUAUAGCUGAAGUCUGGGCUGCCAUGAGGUCAGUCUGUGGGGAGGCUGGAACUAAUGCUGCUGGCACUUCUGAACCAGGGUCCUACCUAUUUAGCUCUACCCAGCUCCUGCCAACUUCUCAGGAGUCAAAACCUGAAAGUCUUAGCACCCAUCCUGUGCCUGACCAGCCACGUGGCCACGCUCUUUCUGAGCCGAAUAACAGCAUUCAAACCAAGAAAGUGGAGCUGGCCGAUCUCCUCCAGAGGAUGCUGCAGGACCUUCAGGGAGAGCGGGAGCGGCUGCAAGAGGUGGCGCGAGCGUGGGCCAGGCGCGGGACAGCUCUGGAGGCCGCGGUAGGUCAGGCCUGCGCGCCCCGCGAGCUGGAGCGGUUCAGUCGCUUCAUGGCCGACCUAGAGCGCGUGCUUGGGCUCCUGCUGCUGCUGGGGAGUCGCCUGGCCCGCGUAUGCGGCGCGCUGACCCGAGCCGGUGCAGACAGCGACCCUGACGAGCAGGCCUCCCUGCUGCAGCGACUCCGGCUCCUGCAGCGGCAGCAGGAGGACGCCAAGGAGCUAAAGGAGCACGUGGCGCGGCGCGAGCGGGCCCUGCGCGAGGUGCUGGCGCGGACGCUGUCCGCCCAGGAGCUGCGCGCCUACUGCGCCCUGCUGGCCGGAAAGGCCGCCGUCCUGGCCCAGCAGCGCUGCCUGGACGAGCGUGUCCGGCACCUUCAGGACCAACUGGACGCUGUCAAGAGCGGCCUUGGUCAACGACCCUCACCUCCCUCGCCUCGCCCACCAGCCUGGGUCCCAGGGAUCCGACCUCACCAUAAAGUGCCCUUCCCUUCUCCUCUCAACUAGGGGCAGGGGAGGUGGGGCGCACUGUCUGUGCUUCUCACUCACGGAACUGGGGUGACACUGGUUUAGUCUGUGCUUCCUUCUGGGGAUGGAGAAGACGUGGGCCCGGCUUUUCCAGGAUACUUCUUACGAGUCUGCUCAUGUGGUCUUACCCCAAUCUUGUCGAUUAUUUGAUAAUGAGUUGAUGGAUUUAAAAAGCACAAACCUUUUUGUGUGAUGUAUCAGGGUUUGUUGAAAGGAGAGGAGAUAAGUCAAGGAGCACUUCAAUUUAAGAUGCAUAACAGCUUUUUAUCAAUAAAAAUUGAUUUGCGUGGUCUGUGCAUAACCUGUAGCAUAGCUUGGAGGAGGGAUCUUGUUUACCUAUUUACUAGAGCAGAAGUGGGAUUUGUGGGAGGACUUCAGUCAGGGCUGGGAAUUGCUAGGAAUACUGGAAGACUUGAAAAAAGAAUGGACCAGGUGGAUGCUAGACCUUCAACUCCACUGCUACCAGUAUUCCCUAAUUCCUUCCGGUGACUACAUCACUACCACAGAGCCUAGGCCUGCCUGGCUGAGCAGCUCUCCUUUGCUGAUUUUCCAACUUCAGUAAUGGAUCUGGGGUUACUGCUUCCCUUACAAAACCCCAAAUUGGAAAUGGUUUCCAAUGCUUUUGUUAACAAGGGGUUAAGAAGCAACCCAUGAAGCUGACCACAGCCACUGCAGCACGAGUUUGAUCCUCAGCCAGGGAGAUACCCACAUGGCGCAGCAGACCUCUCCUGGCUCACCCGCUGCUCCCCUCAGCAGUGUACUUCAGUCAGUCUGCCUGUUCUGUUCCCCACUCUGUCUCUGGUGAAUCCUCUCACCACCACACCCGGACCCCCACAACUCUGGUCUGUACCCCAGCUCUUGUAUGCAUAAAAAUAAAAUAAAUCUUUAAAAAAAAAAAACCCUGAUAAAUGUCCAGUUCAUUUGGAUAUUUGGGGGCAUUCACUCCAAGAUUCAGAACUUUCUUGUCUUCCGAUUGUUAUUUUUUUUAAGAUUUAUUUAUGCACACAAGACCUGGGGUACAGGCCAGAGGUGUGGGGGGUGAGAGAACUCACCAGAGACAGAGUGGGGAACAGAACAAGCAGACUGACUGAAAUACACUGCUAAGAGGAGCAGCGAGGGAGACAGGAGAGGUCUGCUGUGACAUGUGGGUAUCUCCCUGGGCAGCCAGGGAUCAAACUCCUGCUGCAGAAGCUGCAGAUAGCUUUACAGUGCUGUGCUUAACCCCUUGUGCUACCAGGGAGGCCCUCUUGUCUUCCAAUUGUUAUGAAAACUGAGUUUCCUCAGUUCUCCUUUGGAAACUCCACUGACUCAGCCAGACUUGAGGUGGGGGGGGAGAGUGGGAAUUGAAGGUAGAAGCUGAAGGUGAGUCCUGAGGGAUGCAGAGACUUCCAUGUGGAGACUGAAGACCUGGAGAGGCAGCCCUGCUUAUGUGUUAGUGAGAUGAUCUGGGGGUGGGCUGGUAUGUUAUUCUGAAACAGGUUACACUCUCCCCUUUAUUUGUGCAUCAGUCCUCUGUACACUGAGUCAAUGUUCUCAAAUAUACAUGUGAAAAUCUACUUUAUUAUUUGUAGCUGCAAAUGUCAGGGACAAGAACAUUGUACAUCAAACACUCUAGUGUAUUUCUGGAAGUUGGGCACACAAAAAAAGCAUGUGUGUGUGUGUGUUUAAAACCAACUGGCCUCAAAGUGAGAAAUCCCUGCUGCUGGGCUUGUUUUCUGAUGCAUAUUGUCACUAAGUGCAACUGGUUGGGAAUUUUAAAUGGUCAUAUUCAUACCAGAAGCAUUAGUUAUAACAGUUGUGCUAUUGAGCACAGAACAAUGCUCACAUUGUGCCUUUUUAUUAAAAACAUAUGGAGUUCCUGCUGAGGCAUUGCGGUUCUAACAUUAUGCUUCGCUUCUUUGAACACUGUGGGUGGGGCCCCCUCUUUAAGGUCCUCAGUGGAGUAGAAGCUGGAUUGGAGACACAUUCUGGAUAGAAUUUACUUAUUUAUGCCUCCUGCCCUGUAUGUCUCCAUCACAUUCCCCUAUUGUGAUAGUCCUAGAAACACAUUGACCAUUAGGCCAGUGGAAAUUGUGAAUCUCAGACAAAGAUGUUCCAGCCAGAUGGAGCAUGAGAAAUAGUGACUGGCAAUGUCCCAUUAAAUUGAACUUUGAUUCCGUUCUGGGUUUUUACAUGGAGAAAUAGGAAUCUUCUGUUCUUGUCCCUUCCAGAUAAAGGGGACCCUUAAGGUAGGGCCACACCUCCUCUGUUUGUCCUUCCAUCUAGCCUCCGUUCUUCUAGUCUCAGUUUCUUUUCCUUCCACGCCAUAUUCCUUCGGAGAGCAAGAAUGAACUCGCCAUAGGAAUUCUUUAUUGGCACCACAGUUCUUUAUUGGGAGACCAGAAGCCCAGAGAGUG